AUGAACGGGGACAGCGAGACGCUGGAAGCUGCUGUCGCCCAAGCGCAGCUCGACCCACAGCUGCUCGACCCAUCUUUACGGGAACCAGCUGCCGAGGCUGAAUCCUCCACCCCAAGCGCUCCGUCCGAGCUGCCCGCUGCAGGCCCAUCCCGGCUACCGAGGUAUCGCCAGCGGUGCAAGACAUGCCCUCUCAUCAAUGGCGAGCGUCAGCUAUAUAAGACGUGCGAAGGGAACUGUUCCAAAAAGAAAGCCGCCAAGGGGGCCGAAAAACGCAGGGCUUCCCGUGCUAUUCUGCCCGCACCUGAAUCGAGCACGUCGCCGGCCAUAGCGCCUAUAUCUGGGGCAGAAGCGAACUACCAUGAUUCCGAAGUAUCUCAGUCCCCCUCCGCCGUCCAGCGGGAAACCCCCGAGCUGGCCCAUCCACCCUCCCCUCGCUCAACCUCGUCCUCCAGCAAGACGCUGUUGGCGGGAAAGCAUCUCCUCCCUAAACAGGAUCAGCGAUCCCUCGAUUCAUGCCUACCAGCCGCCGCAUCCUCGUCUGCUCCUGCUCCGACGCAAACGCAACUGCGCUUGACGGUAUCCACCUCGCCGAAAUGCGUUCCGAGCCAACUACGAAAGAUAGGCUCUGCGGCCGGGGAUCCUGCAGGGAUCGGUAUCGAACCAUCGACGAAGCGACUGGGCAAGACGAGGAAGCACAAUGGCGCGUCUGGGGAUACGCCAUCGGCGAAGAGGAUGAAGAAGACGGGGGUGAUGAAGGUAGCGGGAGUGGCAGAAGCUGGUGCUGUUGCUGUUGCUGGUGAUGGUGCUGGUUCGACGGCGCCAGAGGUGAUGACGGCGCCCAAAGCAUCAACGCACGCUGCACGGAUGGCAAAGAUCGCAAAUACCACGUAUACCUCGGGCCAGGAAGCGCUCACGGCUUUAGCAUGGGAAGGGAUCAUCGAGCGCGGAGCUCUCAUCUCCAAGCUCAACCUUCGCCGCGUGGUCCUCGUCGCAUGCACACCCGAAGAACCCGUCGAUUCCGAUCCCAAACGUAUCGGCAAAGAACCCGAUAUCUGGAUGGCCCGCAGCCAUACCGUCGAUCGAGCCAUUGCCGACUCGUUCGCUCGCCGCUUCACCCACGAUAUCAGGCGGCAGUAUAGGGAGGGGCUGGAGGUGGUAGCAGGGGCGGAGAGCGAGGAGGGGCCGGAGAAGAAGGAUAAGCGGCUCCAGGCGCGGAUUGAUGAUCUGCUGGAUGAGCUCAUCUUCCUACAGAGUCAGAUGAGCGGCUCUGGUCUUGAGGCAGAGGUGGAAGAGAGCGUUUGA